AUGCAAAUAAGUUUGAAAUUUGGAAUCUAUGCGUAUCGUUUCUUUGGAAAUUUAGAAUUAGUCUUAUUUCUUAUCCUGCAGAAAAAAACAUACAAUAAACCAACUCACAUCGCCCAGACUGAGGAACCCUGGAGUCGCCUCCACGACACAGCCACUGUGUCCAGCACCCAGCGGAGUAUUUUGAACUGUACACAGACUCCAGACGACAGCCUCGACCUUCAGCUAAACGCGGUCUACGAUCACCACAAGAACUGCUUCUGGAGCAAGAACCAGAUUUUGUACCAGAAGGAGACCGUCUCUGAAGACCACAGGAAAGAGGCAAACUUAGAGACGGAGGAAGCAGGAAAUGGAAUCACGAUGUGGGUCGACAAACAGAGGCGCUCUAUUCGCAUCAGCUGACACACAGGCGUCUCCAGACAGGGGCUGCUCUACAAAGCACAAGAACUUCAGCUCAGCAUGAAGCUCCAAGAGCUAACAUCUCUAACAACUGCUGACCUCAGCCCUGAAAAUAAACCAGUUCUUUCAAUGCUUCUUUA